AUGCUCGCAUAUGGAUGCUUGGCAGACUCCACCGACGAGUACUGUAGAUUGGGUGAAUCUACAACCCUUGAAUGUUUGCGAAAGUUUUGUUCUGUUAUUGAAGCCGUGUAUGGUCAGUGGUACCUCCGUUCCCCAAAUCCUGCCGACCUUUACAGGCUCUUGCACAAGGCUAGUCGUAGAGAAUUCCCAAGCAUGUUAGGCAGUCUUGACUACAUGCAUUGGGAAUGGAAGCACUACCCCACUGCUUGGGCAGGCCAGUUUACCAGCUACAAGCAUAAGCCAACUGUCGUUCUAGAAGCAGUGGCCUCGUAUGACACUUGGAUAUGGCAUGCCUUUUUUGGAGUUGCCAGAUCGAACAAUGAUGUCAACGUUCUAGCUCGUUUCCCGUUGUUCAAUGAUGUAGUGAAUGGAGUGUCUCCCCAUAUCCAAUGUGUUGUCAAUGGAAAUGAAUAUAAUCUGGGUUAUUACUUGGCUGAUGGUAUCUACCCUCAUUGGGCUAUAUUGGUUAAGACGAUUUCCCAACCGGAAUACACAAAAAAAAAAAAAAAAUAUUUGCCCAAAAACAAGAGGCUUAUAGGAAGGAAGUCGAAAGAGCCUUCGGAAUACUUCAGGCUCAAUGGGCAAUUGUUAGGGGACCUGCACGCCUGUGGCGCAAAGAACAACUUCAUUCAAUCAUGA